GUUACUUGCGUCAUCGUUUACGGAUUGACUGAACGGGUGUAAUUAUUUAUACUGAGAUUAUAAAUAAAAUAGAGAGCAUCGUCUUUAAGUGUAUGAUUGUUAGCGUCUAACUAGAUUAACUUAAAUAGGAAAGGAGCGCAAAAUAUGGAAUUAUCGGCAUUUGCGGCCCCAUCGUUCUCAGCCACCCAGUGGCUUAAUUCCUUGCUGGACCCACUAGAUCCAUCCGAGUCUGCCAUUGAGUCUACAGCAAAUGAAGUUUCCUUCAAACUCCAAUUGUUCAUUCACCAACUUUCGUUGUCUUUGCAGGAUACCGCCUUUCAGAUCCAUCAACGCACAGGAUUGCUUGCCAAACUUCAGCGGGAUUUUGAGGCACUUCGUAGUGAGGCUAUUGUAAAGAAUGGGAUGAUUCUUCAGGAACUCGAGAGCAAUCGUAGUGCGCAGUAUUUAGAUCUGCUGGAUACAAUUAAAACAAGAAUGGAAGAAGCUCAAAGUGCGCUACGCGAGGCGGAUUCGUGGUCCAUUCUAGUAUCGGAUGUAGAGUCGCUCUUUCAACAGCAUAAUCUUGAGUUGCUUGUCGAAAGGGUGACACAGUUGGAACGUUCACUUGAUACGCUCAGGAGCGCCCCAGAUUUCGCGCAGAAAAGCCAGACUCUGGAACGGAUCAAGAAUCGUUUGGAAGCAAGCAUGGCACCACGUCUUGUGUCCGCCGUCAACUCAGUCAUGGAAGAGGACGCGGCCCGGUGGUUUAUUCUCUUUGGCAAAAUUGGACUAGAAAAGCAAGCUUUGUCCUAUUACCAAGGCUGCAUCAAAGCACGAUUGCAAGAAUUGUGGUCAUCCCAAAAUCAUUCAAACCUUAAACAGGUUUUGUUGGUGUUUCAUCGAGAGCUAACCUCCGAGUGUGAGAAGCAGCUUGUAUUUGUGGGUCGACACUUGUCACUAGGUGACGUGGGUGCCAGAGGUGUUCUGGCAGAAAUGGCGUCGGAUGUUCUUACAGCCAUGGAACCUCCUUUGCAAGACGCGUUUGAAAACUGGCUCGCAGAUCAGGCCGACGUCCUGGAAUCAAUUCUGGACAUACUCGGAGUUCAGCUGCAACUUGCAAUUUCACUCGAACGUGUAAUCUGUUUGGAAGAGGAAGCAAAGUUUCUUCCGGAGGUAUCGAAACUGGCUGGUACACUUUUCACUUUCCUUGGAUUAGCCGUGAGUCGAUAUGCUCAGUAUCAAGAACAACAAAUUCAACGGCAACUUCAGACCGUACAGCAGCCUGAGGACAACUUCGAUCUUCGCGCAUUGCAGGAAAGUCACCAGAUUCUCCGACGAAAUGCGGAAAAAUUAUUCACAUUGCUGUUCUCGGCUGAAACGGCUUGUAAUGAACGUACACAGAGUUCCUGUUAUCCCGGAUUUCUCGAUGCGGCCUCAAAGUUGAUUCGCCUGUUUGUUGACCAAUGCCGAAAAGAUCUCAACACGUUGCUAAAAAUUGCAGCCGAAGCGGACCAGCUUGACCAUUGGGAUUUGGUAAACGAGGUGCUGAUUAGGGCUAACUGUGUUGCUACAUACAAGAAGUCGAUAAGCGAACUCUGCACAAAGGUGGAAGUUACCAUCAGUCGUAUUCCAUACCUAAAGGAAAGGUAUGGUGUUUUAUCGGACCUUGUAUCAAAUCUUCUUACGCCGUCUUUGCGGCAAAGGUUCAAGGCUCUGCAGACUUCAAAGCCUCAGCUGGAGUGGAUGCACUCGCUUGAAAAACUUGAACAAGAAACUCAACACGUGGGUGUCCGAGUUGUCACGUCGCGUGUUAUCGAGCACGUUAAGGCAAUGCCGGGCGCUUUACGGUCGGCUGAAAGCAUGCCCAAUUUUGCUUCAUCGCCACUUGAAUACGUCACGCAAAUUGGACAGUACUUAAUGACCCUGCCACAAUACCUGGAUAUCUCUCAGCAUUUACCAAGUGACGAUGAACACUCUAUUGGUGCGAGUUCAACUGGCGGAGGCAGUUGGAUGUUGGAGUUGGCGUGUCGUGAGGUUUCCAAUAUUACAAUCAACGAAGUUAUGCAAUUGACAUAUUUGCCUGAUACCACUUGUCACCAGUUAGCCACAGACCUCGGAUACCUGUGUGAUGUUCUCGAUGAUUUAUCGUUUGCUGAGGUUACUCAGCCGCUUCAGGAAUUGAAAGCUUUAUUAAGCUGUACUACUGAAGAGUUUGCUGCAACAUCCAAAGGAAAACCGAUGCAAAUCGUGCACAUGAUUAAGACUGCUAGAAAAAUCAACUAGGACUUUAGAGAUAUUGGUUCAUUUUAGUUUGUAAUAAUAAUAUAUUCUACAGUGGCAGAGUAGCUGCUUGAAACACACCUACUGAAUAAAGACGCAUA